CAUUGAACCUGCAACAUCUCCACCCAUGUCCAUCCAAGUCCUGUCGACCUUGGAGGGUGCUCUUUUGGGUGUAGACCAAGUGAGUCUGCACGAGUCUCCCCUCGAGGUCACGGACAUCCACCAACGACCGGCGCCAUGCUCUCUCUUAAGUCGAUGCCGGUGGCCGCCUUCAGCAAUGAGCCCAAGACAACUAUCCAACAGUUGCCAGUGGAGAUUCUUGAUGACAUUGCCCAACAAGUCUUCGACGAUGGACUGAGACAGAUUGACACCCUCACUCCCUUCGCUUCUACAUGUCGCCGCUUCCGUGAAUCCGCCCUCCCUCUUCUCUUCCGUCGAGUCUCACACGCCGUCCACCACUACAACGACGACUGUGCUGGUGGCAAUCUGCGUCGCCUUGUGGCACAUCCACAUCUGUUGACCUCCGUCCAGACCCUCCACAUUACCAUGCCCUUUGACCGUCCUAGCACUGUCCCGCAAGCCCUCGCCCACGCCGUUGUGCCUUUGGUGGCCCGGCAAGACGACCUUGAGCUGGAGCCGUUGCGCAAGGCUCUACCUAUGAUGCAUCUACUUCGUGGUGUUCGUUUUGAAUGUCCCGCGGACGCAGCCUACCGAAUUCUUCUCAUGUUGCCAACAGACCGCACGUACGAGAUCAUCUUGGAUCGUAUAUACCCAAGUCAAACAUGGCCCGACCCUCGAUUGCUCGUGGCCAAGUUGCCUGUGAUCGUGUCGUGUCACAAACUGAGUGUUGGCAUGGUUGGGGAUUGUGCGACGGCAGACGACGUGACGACUCCUUUGCUCCAUCAGGCCUUACUGAGGGCCUCUGCGGUCCAUCUCCCUGCAGAAUGGGUAAUCGGAGAUGGGAUCGACAACACCAUGCACUCCACGUCGCCGUCGAUGUUUGGUAAGGAUGACGCUCUAGAGGAAUUGUUUCUCCAACCGAGACGCUGCCCACGAUAUCGACCCAUCGAGUUGCACGAGUUGCACGUGACACCAUCAGAUUUCCCAUGGCAGAGACUACGGCGACUGUCACUGGACCUGGGAGGGUUUCUGGCCGAGUUUUGGCGCUAUAUUGGCCCUCGAUUGACCAUGCUAGAAGCACUCCGGAUUCACGGACCCAUUGGACCAAGUUACUCCUUGGCACAUGGCGAUGCUCGACACUAUACUCGGCGACUGGCGAACGGCAAUGGCGAAUAUGUCGACGGACUAGCUCACGGGUUCGACUUGACCAAUCUGCAGAACCUCCGCGAGCUGGAGAUCAACGGCAGGAAUUUCUCAAUGCCCAUGUCCAAAUUGGUCGGUCCAGGAUUGAGGCGGCUAAGACUGCACUCGGAGAAUGUGCAGUUGUACGCGUUCCAGUCGCGAGAUCAGAGGAGUCCAGGGGAGAUUAUGGAAGCAGCACGACGGGCGCCAGAUCUGGAACAUCUGGAGCUAGACAUUGGAUAUAUCGACAAUCUGUGGCACCCCACGGCGAUUCCUGGGGUGGACGUGGACGUGGAGCAAUACUCAUUCUUGGACGCCAUCACUCGGUUUCGACGGCUGCGCUUCCUUCGGCUGUUUCCACCGUUUGUGGCCAGAGGCGAAACCUUUGACUAUAACCGGGCGCGUCUGUGCGUGCCGGUGAGUGACGACCAAGCCAUCCGACUGUUUGAACACGUACGCAAGAAAUGUCCACGCUUACAGAUGCUGUCGAUCGCUGCGGUGCCGUAUGCGGUCAGAACCCACACCAUGAGCUGGGAGGUCAAAAGGCACGGUUCCCAGACUGUCCUGACGACACGACACCGGGAUAAGAAUUAUCAGCACCGACAGGUCUGGGUCGGCCAACGUCGACUCAGCAGCGAGAUCCAGCGGUUCACCAAGAGGACACCUUACCUGCCAGAGUCGGAGUCAUGGACAUUGUCCGAUCUCGAGUGGGAAGACCGCAUGAGAGUGGCGUAGGGUAGUGAAUGUCUAUUCAUAGCCCUCGAUUCGAUCUACCGAGUACUUGUCGAAUGUAAUUAAAAGAACAUCAAGUGGAGUAGACGCGGGCAUGUCCGUCCGAGAAGUACUCAGCUUGUCAUUCAAGACCAGUUGUGUUGACAGAUCAAUUUCAGCUGUUGCUGGAGUGGACCUGUAGACUUGUUAUAACGUAACUUUGACGAAUAUGAGAUGUCACGGCAUUGUGAGUUGCUACGAACAACGGUUCUG